AAUUACAAAAUUAUCCCUGUGACCUACACACAUAUGAAAUCGGUGCCUGCCUGCUGUUUCUUUUCUCCAGAGCCGCCAACAGCGACGCCAGUUCCGGCUCCCAGACAUCGCUUUCACGUCCCCUGCUCCUUGUUCCGCUAAGAUUAUUAACAAAAAUGGUGGAACUAAAAGUCUCAGAGAGCCGAGACUUAACCCGAAUCGAGCGAAUAGGCGCUCAUUCUCACAUCCGCGGGCUGGGCCUUGACUCAGCCUUAGAACCCCGUGCCAGCUCUGAAGGUAUGGUUGGUCAGACCACAGCCCGUAAAGCAGCUGGCGUUAUCGUUCAGAUGGUGAAGGAAGGUAAAAUCGCAGGUCGAGCCGUUCUUCUCGCCGGACAGCCCGGAACAGGCAAGACCGCCAUUGCCAUGGGCAUGGCUAAGUCAAUCGGACUCGAAACUCCGUUCGCCAUGCUUGCAGGCAGCGAGCUUUUUUCGCUGGAGAUGUCUAAAACAGAAGCACUUAUGCAAGCUUUUAGGAAGGCUAUUGGUGUAAGGAUCAAAGAGGAGACUGAAGUGAUCGAAGGGGAAGUUGUUGAAAUCCAGAUCGACCGUCCAGCAGUGACCGGAGCGGCAUCGAAAACCGGGAAGUUGACUUUGAAGACGACGGAGAUGGAGACGGUGUAUGAUCUUGGGGCGAAGAUGAUCGAAGCAUUGGGGAAGGAUAAGGUUCAGAGUGGCGAUGUGAUUGCAAUCGAUAAGGCUUCGGGGAAGAUAACGAAACUCGGGAGGUCGUUUUCGCGGUCUAGAGAUUAUGAUGCAAUGGGGCCGCAAACGAAGUUCGUACAGUGUCCGGAUGGCGAGCUACAGAAGCGGAAAGAAGUGGUGCAUUGCGUUACACUUCAUGAAAUCGAUGUUAUCAAUAGCAGAACACAGGGGUUUCUUGCUCUUUUCACGGGCGACACUGGUGAAAUACGAGCGGAGGUCCGAGAACAAAUCGACACAAAGGUUGCGGAGUGGCGAGAGGAAGGAAAAGCCGAGAUCGUGCCAGGUGUCCUCUUCAUCGACGAAGUCCACAUGCUCGACAUCGAGUGUUUCUCAUUCCUAAACCGUGCCUUAGAAAACGACAUGGCACCGAUACUAGUCGUCGCCACCAACCGAGGAAUCACAACCAUUCGCGGCACAAACUACAAAUCGCCACACGGGAUACCAAUCGAUUUCCUGGACCGACUCCUCAUCAUCUCCACACAACCCUACACCGAAGAAGACAUUCGCAAGAUUCUAGAUAUAAGGUGUCAAGAGGAAGAUGUGGAUGUAUCAGAAGAUGCAAAGGUUUUGUUGACGAAAAUCGGGGUGGACACAUCGCUAAGAUAUGCGAUAAACUUGAUUACGUCAGCCGCGUUGGCUUGUCAAAAGAGGAAAGGGAAGGUUGUUGAGAUGGAAGAUGUUAGUCGCGCUUACGAGCUGUUUUGGGAUGUGAAGAGAUCGACGCAGUACUUGAUUGAGUAUCAAAGCGACUACAUGUUCAGUGAAGGAACAAUGGGGGAGGAAGGUGAAGGCAGCAUGAUGGUUUCAUAAUGGUUAAAUGUUAGUGAUUAAAAAACAUAUGAUGGUUUCAGUGUCGGAGCUACUUAAACAACCUGAAUGAAUGAAACAAGAUAAUGCAUUUUUUUCAUCACUAUUUUAAUAUAUGAUGUACAUACGUUGUGUUUGACUUUAAA